AUGUUGCAAGGACCCAGAACUAGUUUAGACGAACUGAAAGCUCUGCGAGAGCUAAAACAAUUGAAGGAGCUAAAGGAACAUUUAGGUAACGCUCUAAGUAUAAAAUACGAUUCUAAAAGAAAUAUUAACUUUCGUGUUGGGUUCGCUUCUACCAAUAACUACGCCAGCACCACCGACCACGUCACCGCCUCCGGUAAAUCCACCUUUCGAGGCUUCCAACCUGAUCAACCAGAUACCCGUAAAAGCUGAUGGAACAGGAUUACGAAUGGCUGCUUUGAACGAACCAUUUACCGGAGACAUGCAUGGUGUGCGAGGAGCUGACUAUGCUUGUUAUCGACAAGCGAAGCGAGCAGGCUUGAGGGGUACGUUUCGAGCAUUCCUCAGCUCCAGAGUUCAAAAUGUCGACAGCAUCGUGAGACUUGGCGACCGGGAUCUCCCUAUCGUUAACAUAAAGGUAACUCACAACACAUCGAUUCUGAUCGAUUUAUUUACGAAAGUGGCAUGGCACGGAUCGCACAAAUUAGGAGACCGGGCAAUGGAUACGUAUUGUGACGCUUGGCAUUCAAGCAGUUCGGAUCGUCACGGAUUAGGAUCACCGUUGACUGGCGGACGCCUCUUGGAGCAAGUUCGUUACUCCUGCGACAACAAGUUCGCGUUACUCUGUAUAGAAGUAACCAGUGAGACCACAAGAAGGAGGAGAAGCGUCGAAGUUUCAGAGGACGAGGACGAAAUGUCGGAGAACGAUUAUAAAGAGUACUUGGAUUUUCUGAUGGAUAAUUAA